AUGGUGGAGGAGGUCUCAGCUCGUAUGGCUGCUGCGCUCGUAAUCAAGGAUAAUGGAAGGGUGUCGUUUGGGGUUGCGGGUGAUCGAUUCAUUCUGCGUUUCAACAAGACUGAAGAACGGGAUAAGAUCUUAUUCGGAGGGCCGUGGUUUUACGGUCGUUCUAUGUUUGGUUUGGAGGCGUAUGACGACUGCUGUGAGGUGGAGGCGGUGCCUAUCCCUGUGAUCCCGGUCUGGGUGGAAGUGUUUGGCCUCCCUCCCAUUCUGAUGACCACUGAAGAUGUCUCCAUGAUCGAUGCAUCUUUGGGUCAGGUUCUUCAGUUAGAUAAAGCGAAUAUCCAUUGUGGUUUGAAGGCUAGGGUCCGCAUUUCCCAUCUGACCACAACUCCUGUGAAGCAAGCCUGUCCUCCCAUGCUUUUCGAAUUUGGCACCGGGAAGGAUGUGAUUUCUGCUAGGGUUACUUCCAGGUAUGAGAAGAUGGUUGGUUUCUGCAGGGUCUGUGGCUUAUUGGAGCAUCGGGCUUCCGACUGCACAGGGCAGCCAGUGAUAGGAGCAUUUUAA